AAUAAUAAAUGAUGGCCAUUUCUCCGAUAGACCACGGACUUGUUUCUAAAAGAAAAGAUUGAGAGCUAAGCGACACCGAAUACAAGCAUCCAAAAAAAAGGGGCGUAGAACUCAAAUUGUUAGCAGCGGGCGAAAGUAAAUAAUAAGGUGGGAAAAUGAGAACGGUGGUUGCACUAUUACUGCUGCUACUACCAUUGGUUGUUGCUGAAAGCGGCAACAGCAAUUCCUUAAUCGAAUGGCAGAUCCUUUCGAAGCUCAACUACUCUUCCCAGAUUCGUCUCCAUCCCAAUCUUCUUCUUUUUGUUACGCUCCCUUGGUCGGGUGAAUCUCGGUCCCUUAUGAAGGAGUUGGCCGAUGUAGUUUCUCAUGAUCAAGGAAGAUUUGCUUCACUGAAGCUGAUGGUUUUAUAUAGGAGCAGUGAGAAAAUGCUGGCAGAUGCAGUUGGAGCUGAUGAGGGAAUGACAAUAUUUUAUUAUCAUCAUUCACACUCCUACAAGUAUACAGGAAGACUUCGCGUGCAGAACAUAUUGUCAUCUGUCCAUUAUGUUAUGUCUCUGUUGCCAGAACAGCUUCCUUUCAAAAUUCUAAAAACUGUCAAAGACUUAGAAAUUUUCCUUGGUUCAACCGACAAGGCUUUGAUUCUUUCUGAAUUUUGUGGAUGGACCCAGAAAUUGCUUGCAAAAGGUGGCAAUAACAGCAGCGAAUUUGGUUUUGGUAACUUAUGAACUUCAGUUCAGGUUUUUGUUGUUCUGUUUCCAGUAAUUGAAAUGUGAAUAAUGUUUUAAUAUUUUAAAGUAAAAAAUAAAAAAAAUCAAGUGAAAUUGCAUCAUGGAAGAUAAGUAGUAGAGUCAUAAAUGAUUUUACUGUCCUUUCUAAUACUUUCAAAGUUCUUACUUGAUUUAACAAUGUGUAGCACUUAACAACCCGUGUUCGCUGAAAUUUUAACUGAAUGAUUUGUUCUGUCCAUGUUUGACCAUCCACAAAAAUUGUUCUACAAUGACAUAGUAUGAUUGCCAGCUCCUAAUUGUACUUUUAAAAAGGUGUGGAAAUCACUAACUUCCUGAUGCGAAAGAUACUUCUGUCAUCAUUAUUAAUGUUGUUUUAUGUUUUAAAAGUCUAGUAGUCAUUAGGGGCUUAGUUGGUCAGCAGAGCAAUAACUUUAAGUGUAUGCAUUUCUAUGUCCAAGCAUUUAGGUUCUGAGAGAACAUGUGUCCUUACUGGUGUUUUGAAUUUUGGGAAACGUAUUGAUUUCCUGCAAUGUUGUGAUUUAAGUUGCUAUCCUGUUGCAUCCUCUCUACUACCACCUACUUAUGAACAUGCUAAAAUCUCCGGCUUCUAUAACCAGGGGCCACCAGAAGGCUCAACUACUUAGAGCUUUUUUAGUAUGGUAAGUCUUUGUGAGCCUUAAU